AAAGAAAUUAGAGGUAAUUUACCAUUUAUGGCUUUCUUGCCUGGAAAAAUUAAGGAAUCAAACAGUGUGAUAGUGGACAAUUUGAGUAAGCACCCGUUGAGUCGAAAUAGCAUAACGGCAAGAGAAGCAACUAUAUUGAUUAUGAUCCUCACAGACCAAUCACAGUCUGGUAUCGGAGAGAACUAUUUCAGAAAUAAGCUCACAAUUGAACAGAUAGGAGUAAAACCUUUAAACAAUCAUGGUGAUAAUAAACAGAUAUUUCAUUUUCACAGUUUUGCGAAACAGUUUAGGUACAGUUUAAGUACAGUUUAAAAGUAAAUUGGGAAUAUAAACUUCAGUAGACAUACGGAGAUGCUGUAUUACUGGUUAUAAAACAGUCAUUCCCAUGGUAUGUUGAUAUUUACCUUAGUUGCCGAGGUAACCAAGGAUUUCUUCAAGCAGUUUAGCAAGACUUGACAUGGAAUUUAACAAGCAUUGACCAAGAUAACCUUCUGUGAUAAUUCUUCAUGGGAGAAUAUUUCCUGGGAAUCUAAGUCAUGCAAUAGGUGAUACAGCUUGGAAAGUUUCUCCAAGAAAUAAAUGUUUCCUUAUCAUCAGUGCUACCCACAAUCCAAUUUAGCUACCCGUUAUUGAGCUGUUUAAUGUAUAUAAACGUUAGUCUAGAAUGUCUCCUAGUAUUGCUUUAAUACAACUUCUCCUGCUGUCAACAUUUUCCUGCUAAACAGUGCCUUAGAAGAAAUCAAUCCCACUUAACGAUGUCGUUUGCAAUUGGUCAAGAACAUUAAGCCAUGUAAAUAAAAAUAAUGUGCUGCUGAAAUAGUGGGUAAACAUUGUGGAAGGAUUUAAGCAGACUUACAAAAGGAGGUUUAAUAUUUUUGUAAACAACAGAUCACCACAACUGAUAUUAUUGCUGAUUAACAAGUGGGACAAAAAGUGGAUUAUGAUAACAUAAAAAAAAUAAAUUGGUAUUUUAGGUGAAAUUGGAUAACAAGCUCUAAACAUGGUAUAAAAGAAAAAAGUGUGAUUUGUGUAAAAAUGGAUUGAUUUAUCAUUCUGAAUCCUGUGUGAGGGGUCAAUAUUGUUACUUAGGAGAGAAAAUACAGUCAUUUAAAGGAAACAGGAUUCUAACGAAAGAUUAUAGACAAGCUAGAAGCUUUGUUCUGACGUUAAAAUGAUCAAAUGCCACUUCCUUACCAUUCUUAUGAAACAUCACAGUAAUUUUAAAACCUAGACUUCUCAAUUAAGUGUUUUUGUUGCUGGCAUAUAAAUCUAUAAGAAAGGUUUGGGAGAUAUAAAGAUGUCAGCCAUGCUUUCUCAAGCAAACGUAACGAUGGCCGCUAUCUUAAACAGUACAGUGUCUGAUGACCUGCUGACCACUGCAAGUACACCCACCCCAAUGGAAGAAUUUCAGAAAAGUUACGGGAAAGUGCAUGGAUAUGUAAGCAAUAUUGUUUGUAUAUUUGGAGUGUUAUCGAACAUUCUCAAUGUAAUUGUGUUAACAAGAAGACAUAUGAUUACACCCACAAACUGCAUACUGACAGCCCUUGCAAUCGCAGACUUUUUGACGAUGCUGACGUAUUUGGUUUAUGCCACUUAUUUCUACAUAGCAACUGAACCAAAGUGGGAAGCAAAUCAUUCGCAAGGAUGGAUGUAUUUUAUUCUUGUGCACAAUCAUUUUAUAAUCACAUGUCAUAAUAUGGCUAUGUGGUUUACAGUGUCGUUGGCUGUGUUUCGAUACAUAUUUGUCUGCCAUCAUGUGAUUGGAAAUCGUCUGUGUAGCCUUCAAAGAGCCGUCUUAACAAUUACAAUAAUUGUGAUCGCAACAAUCAUAGUGUGUAUACCAAACUACUUUCUUUACAAAGUGGUCAAGCUGACGGAAAUAGUUCCUGUUAACGUCACAGGCUACUGGAUUGUGGAUUCAGACUUUGUUAAAGCACACGAUUUCUACAAGGUGUUGAUAUUCUGGUUCUUUGGUGUGAUAAUGAAAGUAGCUCCAUGCAUUUUGUUGACAUUACUGAGCAGUAUGAUAAUACUAACAAUGCAUCAGGCUAGUAAACGUCGUGUACGUCUGCUUCAACAGACACGAUCAUCUGACCACGACGUCAACCACGAGCACAAUCGUACCACGUGGAUGCUUGUCUCAGUUGUCCUGUUUUUUGUGAUCACUGAAAUGCCACAAGGAAUCCUUGCAAUGAUAAGUGGCCUCAAUGACCAUUUCUUCCAGGAAAUAUAUUCAAACCUCGGUGACGUAUUAGAUCUCUUGGUCUUGCUCAAUUCAGCAGUGAACUUUAUUCUCUACUGCAUAAUGAGUCAGCAGUUCAGAGACACAUUUAAGAACCUGUUUGUCCUUAACUGGAUGUGCCAGCGUCAACAAUACGGAAAAGUAAAUGGUCACCAAAAUGGUAUUACACAGUAUACAACUGUAAAAACUGAGGUUACUAUGCUCUGAUCCUAAGAAAUAAAGUUGUAUCAAGCAGUUUACCUAAAUUGUUUACAAUGUAUCUGCUAACAGGAUAAAAACUUGCAUAUUCUUGAAUUUUCACUUAAAGGACCAUUUUAAUCUUCAGCCUGCUAAAUUUCUAAAAUGGACUAGUCCAUCAUUCAAUUUUGGCUAUACCAUUUAUUUUUAGAUGGGAUUUUCACUGACAAUUUACUGACUGAAUAGCGAACAGUGCAGACCAUGAUCAGGAUAUGCGGCUAAGCUUGGUCUGCACUGGUCGCAAAGGCAGAAUCACUUGCUGCCAGCAGGCUAAAGGUUAAUGAAUUUUUACAAAAUCUUCUUUUUUUUUCAACUUGAGAAUCAUGGGAAAAUGUCAUGAAGAGGUUCAUGACUAAUUCUGCCAGACUUGUACAUGACAAUAACAGUGCCAAGCAGUUUUUACAUUUGUAAACAAUGCCCGAAUCAGUGUAUUUACUUGUUAAGAUAUUAAUGUUGAUGAUUUUCUUCAUGUUAAUAUUUUUGACAUAAUUUAUACCAUUCACUGUCUGUGAUUUCACUAGAAUUACUAUUUGUAAACUUCUGAUUUUUCUUGAGUAACUCUUUUUAAAAAUAUAGUUUUUCGAAAAGGACAUGAACAUAAACCCAAGUCAGAAAAGCAAUUUUCAGAAAACACUUUGUUUCAAUCUAGAUGCCAUUUGAGCUAUUAAUUCUGUGUAAGAAUAUUUUAACUUCGAUAUAUAAACUCAAGAAACAUUUGUUUUUGUUUUAGUUUGUAAAUAUUGAUUAAAUUAUUCAUCCAUUAAGUUAUCUAUUAAUUUAAUUAUUCAUUAUUUAAGUUACCCAUUAAUUAUAUUAUUCGUUAAUUAAGUUAUUCAUUAAUAAAGUUAUCUAUGUAUAUAAGUUAUUACUCUUUGAUAUCUGAAUCACAUUAAACUGUUGUUAUAUUCUGCACACACCAUUCUGCAAGAUUUCAACCCCAUUAUAUUUGAAGUCAGUUCAUACUAGAGUAAUAAUGUUGACACAUUCAGCACUGAUCAGACAUUUCUGCAUCUUGAGUGUCUCAAAGUGCACUGUUGAUCUGAGCGAACAAAAAAAUGAAACAUUUACCAAUGUCAUACCCAUUGAUUUGUCCUAUUUCAAGUCAAAACAAACAAAAACUGUGAACAUGUGAAUAUGUUAUUCCCUUGCAAGGCUGCGCAGGAGAAGAGAAAAAAACUUAAGUCAUGCAAUGGGAAAUAUUACUGUAAUGUGAUAACAAAUGAAUUCGCACUUUAAGCUAAUUGAAUGGAUCUGUAAUCAGCUACAAAUUCUUCUUAUGCGAUUUCAGCAUUCUCUGUUUUUAUGGAACUUUUUAGCAACAUUAUGGCUGAACUUAAUUUAUGCCAAACAAUGCUAAAGCAGCAAACAAGAUUACGUAAUUGAACGGAAAUUAUGGAUCGACAUUACGGGAUCAUCAACUUAAAUGAAAGUGAACAUUUAUCACUUCUGUGGCUUCACUGGGUACUGAUUCUAAAACUAACUUCCUAAGGAUACACCUUGCUUCCUUGCUCUGCACUUUAUCAAUCUCUUUCAUUGGUAUAGGAGCAGGGAGGGGGGUGGUAACCACACAGUAAAUAAAGAGAAAAAAUGCCUACUUGAUGUUCUGGCAAGGUUUAUAUCAAGAAUAUUGUGCUUGCCCAAAAAUGUUGCUAAAAUAUGGUAGGUUUGGCUGAUUGGCACCCUCUUGACAUCCAACAUUGAAAUCACACCUAUGCCCAGUGUACUUUCUUUUUCCAUGGUUACAAUAUUCUGAAUUAGAAUAAUUAUGUGGUCUCAAAGAAACUCUUAUUCUACCAACAAUAUAAUAACCAUGUGAUGUACAUUUUUUCCUGUAAAGUCUUCACAUUAAUGAUAUUGAAUCACUAUAGCUUUACCUUUUAACUGCAGUAAUAGUGUCUGCCUCUUUUCCAAAUCAAUUAAAACAUGAUCUGUACAAACAACUUUUACAAUAAUCGCCAUUCAUUAUAACAGGAGAAAAUAUAAAUGUAUAGGGACACAUGUUAACUCUGGAAUUAAUUGCUGUAAUUUAAAGACUUGCCAUGAAACACUUUGGAAGAACUGAUGGGAGCAUACUUUUACACAUUGACAUUUCAAAUCACCAUAUAGUUUGUGAAUUUAUAUGCAAAAACAGAAAACUAGCACAGACUGAUUUAAGUUUCCCCAACAGUUUAAUUACAAGAUUAUUCAGUAAAUCUUGUUUUCCUCUUUCUGGUUCAAAGAAAGAUCAAAUUUAUUUCUGUUUUCCAAUAGACCGAUUGUGCUUUAAGUAUAUAAUUAUAAAAUCAAGACAGAUUUAUCAUUGUGUGCUGGGUGGAAACCAGUUGGUGGACAAAAUGCUUUCUUUAUUAUCUUUGAUAAAGCGGAACUCUUUAUCAUCAGCCACAACCCACACAUGGAAGGGGCAAAAAACUUUGAUGUCAGCAUUAUAAACUUCUUGAGAACAUACCUACUAAAACAUACACAUUGAUCGAUUCCUGUUAUUUAGGACUAUAAUUUUCAAAUCAAAGAACUAAGUUUAUAUCAAAGGAUAUGAAAAAAUACAAAGUAAUUUAAUUCUGACAUUGGUACUCAGCAAUUGUUUAAUCAGGAAGGUGAUCCUAAAGUAAAUAAUGGGGGAAGUAUAAACACUGUAAACAACUGACACAUGCUGCUGGCUGGCUGGAAACAAGCUGUUCCAUCCAUUUCUAAGUGACCUUUCCCCAACCACCCACCUUUUACCUUUACUUGUCUCAAUUUUCUAUGGAAAGUCCUAAUGACUACACAUAAUUUGCGUAACAGCUUAUCACGUCUUGUUUUGGUGCCAUCCGUAUAUAACAUUGCAAUAUUCUGCCUGUAAGACAUCCAUAAAGUAACCAUUAUGUCAGUUUAGCCAUCAAAACCCCAGGAGAAGUUUACUGCCAAAACAGGAGCCAUCAAGUUAUAUCAGACAUGAAAAUAAACAUCACUCUCUGUUUUUCCUCCAGUGAUAGGAUUCCCAUUAUAUCACAUAUAUUUUCAUCAAGUGACAUUAGUGUUAAGCCUCGAUCAAUCAUGCUGAUUCUCUAGCGGACUACGUAAUGAAUAUCUUAUUUUUGUCUCAGAGACAAAACAUUUAAAUUCUCUUCUUACUUAAUGAAGUUUCAUCCAUUAGGUUUGCGUAAAUGUGAAAAAAAUAACUGCGCAAUGUGGCAUAUUGCUAGGAAUAUUGCACAACCUUAUGAUAUGGAUAAAACUUAUCAUGUAUCACUCAAUAUACUUUUACAUUAUAUUACUAACUGGUAUCUAAAACGAAACAUUUUUUUUAUUCAUUACCUUUUCAGUACCUCUCUUCAAUUUUUGUUUGUAAUGCAGGAUAUUAUUUUUCAAUAAUUCAUAGGACUACAGUCAGUUUAACUCUCCUCUUGCUGAACAACAUUGUUCCUUUUGAACAAAUUUAUCCAGUGCUAAAACCUUUGCUAUUGUCCCAUGCUAGGACAGCUCCUUUCACCCCAUGCUAUAUCGUCCAAUGCUAUAUUUGUUCCUUUUCUCCUAUGCUAACACUAUUCCUUUUGUCCGAUUACAAGAACUUUUCCUUAUGUCCAAUGCUAGAACUGUUUCUUUUGUCCUAUGCUGGAAUUGUUUCAUUUGUCCCAUUACAAGAACUGUUCCUUAUGUUAUAACACGAAAAUAACAUGCGUUAACGCUAUUUUAGCAUUAUCCCUCAACAUCAUUAAAUUUCCAUGAAAUGCGUGGGAAUAUCCGAGAUGUUUUUUCACACUGACGUCAUUUCCAAUUGAAUUAUUCAUUUUGUGGCUGUAAUACGUUUACGUUCUGCAACGGAACGCACAUAUAUAAAAAGGUGUUAUAACAGCAUGUGAGCGCGAGAAUCUCUCUGUUAACACACAAUUUCUCUCCUGUUAAAACACCCCCAAAAACUGACAAGAACAGCAGUUUUAUACUAGAAUGUCCUAUGCUAGAACUGUUUCUUUUGUCCCAUUACAAGAACCGUUCCUUAUGUACAAUGCUAGAUCUGUUUCUUUUGUCCUAUGCUAGAACUGUUCCUUUUGUCCCAUUACAAGAACUGCUCCUUAAUUGUCCAAUGCUAGAUCUGUUUCUUUUGUCCUAUGCUGGUAUUGUUUCUUUUGUCCCAUUACAAGAACUGUUCCUUAUGUCCAAUGCUAGAUCUGUAUUUUUGUCCUAUGCUAGAACUGUUUCUUUUGUCCCAUACUAGAACUGUCCCUUUCAUCCCAUGUUACUAAGAACCAUUCCUUUUGGCUUAUGACAAAUAUUUUCCUUUUGUCCCAUGAUAGACCUGUUCCAUUCUAGAACAAAUUCUUUCAUUUAUAAUGCUUAAACUAUUCAUAAAAUCCCAUGCUAGACCUGUUCCAUUCUAGAACUAAUCCUUUUGUUCUAUGCUAAAUCUAUUCAUAAAAUCCCACGCUAGAUCUGUUCCUUUGAUCCACAUGUCCUCUUUGAGAUAUUUCAUAACCAGACAAAAAUCAUAAUUGAUGAUCAGAAAUAAUCAAAAAGCUCUUUUUGAUCAAAUAUCAAUAAUAAUAAUCAAAGUAAUUCUAUAAAAAUAUGAACAGUACAGAAAAAUAUUACAUGGAAAAAUUUUAGGUACAUCUAUCAAUUAAUUUUAAAUGUUUGUAUGUUUUUCCAAAUCAAACAUCUUCUAAUGGAAUAUGACUGUCACCUUACAGAAAUUAAAAUGUACAGCAUGUAGUACCUUAUGAUGUUUAUGUUUGUUCUGUCAAUGGUUUUAUACUUCAGCAAAAAAUAUUGUACUUUCAAUUUUAUAAAGUUUCAAACUUACUGUAUCAAACACAACCUUAACACAACCUAUCUCUACACCUUUUAAAAACAAUUCUGCAUCAGGAUGAUCUGUUGAAAUAAACUCAAGAUCUGGAACUACCAUAUUCAAAGACAGAAAUUUAGUUGAAUAAUUAUCAAACUUUUGGAGCAGUAUGCUUCCCUAUCUGAACAUAAACCUACCUGACACUACUACCGUUUCCAACAUACAAAUGCCAAUAUUUCAAGAAUAACAAUUUUAUAGACAACAUUUUUUCAUAUAUUUUAAAACUAAGACAAUCUACAGCACAGUAUACACAUUUUGAUUACAUAUCUGGGUUUUAUUCCUUUAAUUUUGAAAGAAAAACCUAUCCAUUUGCCUUUGGGAACAGUUGAUUAUUUGGUCCCAACUGAGAUGCCUAUAAAAUAACUUGGAUUAUACUCCUUUAAAGGAAGAUAUUUUACAACAAAUUCUAGAGAAAUGUCAAAAGAAGAAGAAAAAAAGUCUUUGAUUUGGGAAUAAAAAAACUGUUCUUUUACUAUCUGUCUCAACACUUUAAAUAUCGACAAGAAAAAAAGCUUCAGACAAUGAACUGUUGAAAAUUGUAUUCAACUGUAGCCAACCCAUCUUUCAAACAACCGGUUUUUCAGAUUUACUCUACUGUUAUUUAACUUUUCUGCUUUAGAAAAUUUCCAUUUAUUUUAAAUGAGAUAAAAUCACAGUAAUUUUCUCCAUUAUAGUUUAAUCAAAUAAGCGCAUGUUAGUUUAAAUAUGCCCUUGAUUUAAAAUCUGAAACCUAAGGGGAAAUUAAACUAAAACAAUCCAUCCUGAUUGUACAAAACUGUCUUGUAUAGAGCAUCCUGUAAUUUUGUAGUACACAUUUUUGAACCAUUAUGUACAAAGACUCACAUUUUACAAUUUCAGAUUAACUUUCAAAGUUGCAUGAAACUUCACAAAAAAAAACCUAUCCCUUCUACAAAGGGAGACAAAUCUCACACAGUCUUUCCUUGUACAAUUCGAAGUAUGAUGUUGUCUUUUUUGUAUUGUUUUUAGUAACAAAUAACCAACUUUUCACAAGUUAUCUUCACAAAAAUUUGUAUUACAGCCGCAUUAAACACAGCUACCAUUUUUGAAGCUGGGCCUUUCAGUCUGCUGCAGUUUAAGUCAGUCUGCUGCAGUUUUAAGUUUUUUAUUCAAAUAAAAUUUCUGGAUCAGUAUUAUUUUACUUGCACUAAACACAAGUCAACCAUUAAAGUGUUUUCUUAAAUUGAUAUAAAUGUAUAUCAAAAAUAUUUGUAUCUUUAAUUAUUAGCAUGUGAAAGUAUAAACUGGGUGCAAAUAUUUUUAAACCUCAGUAUAAUUUAAUAAUCCUUUAAAUACAUCUCUGCACAAUUAAAUACUAUAAUAUUAUACAUUCAUUUUCUUUCCUUCUUAAAGUCGUUAGAUUUUGGAUUGAAAUGAAAUGGUAUUGCUUUCCUAUUUUGGCUCAACAGAGCUUAUCAUAUAUAUGUAACAUGAUGAUUUUUUUUUUCUUCUGAAUUUACCAGUUGAAGGAAUUUUAUUAUUUUGUCUUUCAAUGUAAUUAAGAGUUAGUAUAAUCAGUGUCUACUAACUUGAGAUGAGAUAACAUUUUUAUGAAUUAUGUUUUACCUACUGUAUAUGACUCGCCAUCAGUCAAAAUUUUACCAAUUUAUAUCAGCAUCUUUUCCAAUACAGUUAAACCUGCCUAUGCAGCCACCUGUAUUGAGCAGCCACCUGUAUUAAGUAGCCACCUGCAUUGAGUAGCCACCUGUAUUGAUCAGCAACCUGUACUGAGCAGCCACCUGUAUUAUGCAGCCACCUGCUUUAAGCAGCCAGAAAGCUAACUUCCCAAACUGACUUUUUCUUAAGCAGCCAGAUGGUGAUGCUGAUUUUGUUGCAAAGCAGCUGGCUGGUCAAUACAGGUAUGACUGUAUACCAUCUGUCUUCAAACAGAAGUACAGAUCGUGUGAAUCUUAUCAUAUAUUUUGUUAAUGCUGAUGCACAGUUGACAAUAUUCAGCAUUUUGGUGCAUUGUUUUAUUGAACAUGUUAUAUAAAGACUGUAGAUAUGGUGCACAUAUAAUGUGAAAUAUUCAGUAUAAAUGUUUUAUAUAUCGCUGAUGAUUGUGUAUAAACUCACUAAUAGACUAUUAUGUUAUUAUUGUUGAAACGCUGAUCACUUUGUCAUUAAACAGUUCAAGGAAAA